UCAAACUCACCAGGUCCUUUAUAUGGAAACUCAUUCAAUUCCCUGAUUCCCCUCACCUUCCCGCUGGAUGGUGAUCGAACUCGAUUUCUACCCUUUUAAUUCAAAUCCCUGAUUCCCCUUACCUUCCCGCUGGAUGGCGAUCGAACUCGAUUUCUACCUUUUUAAUUCAAAUCCCUGAUUCCCCUCACCUUCCCGCUGGAUGGCGAUCGAACUCGAUUUCUACCUUUUUAAUUCAAAUGUUCGUUCAUUAGGUUUUUUGGAGAACUGUCGUUUCACUUUGUUCGACUGUUCACAUCAUGGGUCGUGGGAAGGCGAAAGAUUUUCCACUCGAUUUUGGUAAUGCCAUUAUUGUUCAAGAUACUGAUUCUGACCAGUUUAAUUCGCCGGUGAAAAAGCAAACUAAGGUUGUUAACCCACGUCUUUCGUGUAGUGAGAAAGGAAAAUCAAAAGAACUUAUGUUUCCUAUUAUUCGUGGAUCGUCGUCUGCAGGUGCCAAACGGAAUCUAAAUAAUGCAAAACUUUCAGCUGUUAACUUGAAAUCUGCGAGCAAUGUUAUUGAUUUGACAAAGCAGGCAGGAAACAUGGUUGGUGGAAGGAAACAAGGUGUAUUCAGGGUUUAUAAAAGAAGAACCCCGAAACUUCCAACUCUCAAUACACGAACAACACCGGCCGCUUUCCAUGAUGCACUUCUUAAACUGAAUGAUGCACAAAUGUCCGCUGUAAGAGAUAUUGGAUUUGGGAGUAUUUUGGACUUGAAAGUCAAAGAUUUGCCAGGGGGGUUGGGAUACUGGAUUCUGAAAAAGUUCAAUCCUCAGACUUUUGAAAUUGAAGUUGAUGCAAUGAGGAGAUUUAAGGUCACGGAAAGUGAUGUUUAUCGAGUGUUUGGAUUCCCUAGGGGUAAGCAAUUCAUUGAAGUAUUCCAGCGGCAAUCAACUAGUGACAUAUUUGAGCAAUGGUUUUUAUUUUUUGGGGUUGACAACAGAGACAAAAUUAAGAUUGGGGUAGUAUUGAAACAUAUGCUUGCGUGUAAAAGCGGUGGCACUUGGUUUAAGCGACAUUUCAUGAUAGCGAUGGGAUUUUCAUUGUUUGAGAACUGUCCCAAUGGUACUGUGCAUCCUUUCAUAUUAGGGUGUCUUAAAGAUUUGACUGGGCUUAGAAGAUGGAAUUGGGCGGAAUACAUGUUAUCAAGCUUGAAACAACAUACAUGCAGUUGGAUGAAGGGUGAAAGCAGUGUAUAUGCUGGUCCUGCGUUGUUUCUUAUUUUGGUUUAUGUUGACCGGUUAAGCCUUCCUGGGAUCGAAACAAUGAGGGAUUUACCACUUAUAAAGAAUUGGUCAAGUGAUGCUCUGAGGGAGAGGCAAAGGAUGGAAAGGAAGAAAGAAUACAUUGGAAAAGGCAUCAUACAGUCACCAAUACAGGUGCCUAGCGUUUAUGGAGAUGAUAUUGAUGAGAAUGCAAUAACAGAUGAGGAGAAGGCCUGGACCAACAUGCUGAUGAAAGGUGCACAUGAAAUCGCUGAACGGAUGAAUCAGUUGUCCAUUGUUGUGGACAGCGCACCAGUUCAUAUUAAGAAAUCACCGUUCUUCGAAAUGAAAGUGAAAGAGGCUUCCCAACUAACAGGAAUGAAGAUUGACAUUGUUAUACCAAUCACUAAACCCGUUUUACCAGUUAUUGAGAUUGACGACGAUCCUAUAGAGUAUACUGCUGAAUUCUUUGCAUGGGUGGAUGAAACAUCCGCGAAAGCCUGCGCUGAAAAGAAGAAAGUCAAUAUUCGAGAUGCUGACAUUCCUAUCUUUGAUCUAAGGUUGUCGGAUGAUGAUUCGUUGGAUGUUAGUCAGAAUAAAGAUGUUAAUGUGCAGCAGGUAUUCGUCGUUUACUAUAAUAAAUCUAAAUACAACUAA